CGAUUUCUUGAACGCUUUAAUGAAGUUUCUCGGUCACAAAGUUAGGGAGGCGAGAAAGGGAGGGAGAGAGAUAGAACACCAGGCUAGCGUUAAGAGCACUGUGUCAGACGUGAACCAGCGGCUGUGAGGGACGGUCAGGGAGCAGAGGGAGCUGAACCUUGCAUUAACUCUUCCCUACUGACUUCUAAAUAUACAAUUCACGUGGAAGGGAAAAAGAAAAAAAUUGAAAAUAUAAUACCACAAAAUCAACAUGGCCAGUGAUUCAACGAAUCUGGUGAUCUGCGUGGCUCUAUCCUGCUUUGUGGCCGCCGCCGGAACCUCAAAACCUUACUCCUCCUCCUCCGUGGUGCGCUACUCCAGCAACUUCCCCGGAGGCCCAAAACCUUACUCCUACGUGGUACAAUACUCCAGAAACUUCAAAGACAGUAGGGGUGAAAGAACCCAGCCAGGCCCAGCAUCACGCCACGCCCCAAUCACUGCGCGCACACAUGAACACCGCCCUCGCUCUGCCCCGCGCCGCGCCCCAUGGUUAAUAGUGGAGGAAGUGCGGAAAAUAGUGGAGAUAAGCAUUCAGGAAGGGUACGAGAGGGGAGGCUACGACCACCGCCACUACCAGACACAUAACACCACCUGGAGCGAGUACGAGAACGAGGAAGAAUACAGUGAGGGAAAACAGGAAGGUAGCAAGAUUGGUUCAGGUGAUUACAGCAGCAAAGUAGGGCUGGGCAGGAUUCUAUAAAACGGGUAAUCGCCGGGGUGGGGUGCGCCCCCCCGGGACCCGCUCCCUACAACACUAACCUAACCCUAAUAUAAACCUAACCUAACCUACCCGGGGGGGGCUGCGCUCCCCCGGACACCCCCUCCAACACUAACCUAACCAUAACAUAAACCUAACCUAGCCGCCGGACCAAUCCCCCCCAACACUAACCUAACCCUAACAUAAACCUAACCUACCGUAUCCUUGCUUUGGGGCAGUUUCC